CGUGCAUUGACAUUUUAUCAAUAUACAAAUUCAUGCAUUAUCGAAAUCCACAACAAUGAAUCUCGACAACGCAAAUAUGAAAAACUCUUAUCUGCCACUUGAAUCUACAAUAAAUUGACGAGACGCCGUGUUUUUUAGAUGCCAUGUCGAUAAAAACGUAUUCAAUCUGAUUGACCAAUGAAUACAUGGAAAAUAAGAAAUUUUAACUCGUAUAUUUGUAAUGUAGCAAAACGGAAAAAAGCUUCGCGGGAUUUUUGGAAGGGAGUGAUUCGUAAAGAAAUUUUACGGAAUUGGAUUCUUUGUCAUAAAUUCAAGGAAUUAAUGAUGAAUAUGAACGCGUCAGCGCGACGAUCGAAUUUUUGUUAGCGAAAAUAAUACGCCUCCAUUGUGUUUAGUUUCAUUCGAUGAAGUCUAGUGGAUGGCGAGGACGCUGAAAAAAAAUUCAAAUCGAUGCGCGGCUUACGUCGGAUCGCCAUGUUGGAGAGAACGUAGCGUUAGUUGAGUGACGAGCCGCAGGACGGCGCAAGCGUCCGGUGUCAGAAGUUGGUGCGGGGUCUGGUGCAGGUAGCAGGUUCGAACGAUACGGGCUUCGGGUUUCAGUCUGUUUUGUGACUUGUGCGCGUGUGUUUCGUAUUCGUUUAGUUUGGUUUUCGUCCUUUGACAUUAGUUACAUUUUUGUUUUGUUUUCACAUUUAUUGGCACAUACAACGCGUAGCUCCAGUGUCGCUCUUCUUAUUUCGAACGGUGGAGUUAACAAGACAAAAAGCAGGAUACGGGAGGCGAGCCUGGCGAAAAAGAAGAAGCAAAACAGUUUGCCACGAAAGAGGACGAGCUGCGAAUACUAAUUAGGCAAUUCGAAUUCCUAUGGUCUCUCCCACGAGGAGACGAUGAGAACCUCGAAUAAGCGAGUAUUUAUCGGCGACUGCAGAGGGGGCAACCACUUCUCAAGUAUAAUGGAUUGAGCGAUGGGAAGUGACAGUGCAGAAAGACGACUGCGAUAGCGAGAAGAUGGAGCCUCCGUUAACGAGUAAAGUCCUGCGAGCCCCGAGCCUGAAAAGGGGUCAGGAGAAUGUCAGGAUUCAGGACAGGAUCAAAUUGGAACGCGUACUGGGUGUAACAGUGUCGAGCAAUGCAGCCCUCGAUUGCGACGCGACGAGCGAGUUGGUUGCAUAUCCCGCUGGAUGCACCGUGGUCCUCUUCAACCCACGUAAAAACACGCAGUCCCACGUGCUAAACGGAUGCCGAAAAACCGUAACGUCUCUCGCCCUCGCCGGGGAUGGGAGACUCCUCGCUACCGGGGAAUGUGGCCACAUGCCAAAUGUUCGAGUAUGGGACAUCUCGGAUCCUCACAACGCCGUACAAAUUGCCGAAUUUACUGGUCACAAAUACGGCAUCAAUUGCGUGGCAUUUUCACCAAGCAACAAAUACGUGGUUUCGGUGGGGUCUCAGCACGACAUGAUCGUCAACGUAUGGGACUGGAGGAACAACGUAAAAGUCGCCUCGAACAAAGUGUCGAGCAAGGUGAAGGCGGUAUCUUUCGCUGAGAAUGGAAAUUACUUCGUUACGGUGGGAAAUAGGCACGUCAAAUUUUGGUACCUCGAGUACUCCCGCAGUGCCAAGUACAAAGAACCAGUGCCUUUGAUGGGCCGAUCAGCCAUUCUCGGCGAGCAGAGGAACAACGAUUUCGUCGACGUUGCCUGCGGCAGAGGCGAAAUGGCAGAUUCAACUUACGCCAUCACGAAAACUGGCCUGCUAUGCGAAUUCAACAAUCGCAGACUCCUAGACAAGUGGGUCGAGCUGAGAACAACCAGCGCCAAUUGUAUAUCGGUUGGUGAAAAAUACAUUUUCAUCGGCUGCGCCGAAGGCAUCGUGAGAUGCUUCAGUCCAACUAGCUUACAAUUCGUCACGACCCUCCCUCGAACUCAUUACUUGGGUGUGGACGUCGCUCAAGGACUGUCUAUAAAUCACAUGUCGCAGCAUCCAGCAAACGCGAGAUACCCGGACGCUAUAGCUCUCGCAUUCGACGAGCGUAACAACAAGCUCACGUGCGUUUACAACGAUCACAGCAUAUACGUGUGGGACGUUAGAGACAUUCGAAGAGUUGGAAAGUCUCACUCGUUUCUGUAUCACUCUGCCUGCAUAUGGGGCGUCGAGAUGUAUCCGACUGGAGCAGACUCGGCUAACGCCAUGCCACCUGGCAGUUUCAUCACUUGUUCCAGCGACGAUACGAUACGCGUGUGGAAUCUUCAGAAAGACUUGGCACCCGACGACACUCUGUACAAGAGAAACAUUUAUAGCAACGAAUUACUUAAAGUCUUGUACGUCGAUCCUGAAUUGACCUACUUGAAAGACCUCGAUCUUGCCGCGGCCGGUACAGCGGAGAAGAGCGAUGCUUCUUAUGACGGGCGCAACGGUGUCAGGUCGAUAAGGGUCAGUCCCGAUGGCAAGCAUCUUGCUUCUGGGGACAGAUCCGGAAAUAUAAGAAUCCACGAUGUUAAAUCCUUGGAAGAGGUGUGUCUCGUAGAGGCUCAUGAUGCCGAAGUACUUUGUCUCGAAUACUCGAGAUUCGCCCGAUACUCGAUGGACUCGCCGAGAUUAUUAGCGAGCGCUUCGAGGGAUCGUCUAAUACACGUAUUCAGCGUUGAUCAGGGUUACAAUUUUUUGCAAACGCUCGAUGAUCACAGCUCGUCGAUAACCGCGGUGCGAUUCUUCAGCCAGAACAAUCAAGCCGAUCAGAUACAGAUGGUUUCGUGUGGUGCCGAUAAGAGCAUCAUUUUUCGACAGCUCCAAUCUAUGCCUGACAGUCCGCCCCAAUUCGCUCGGGGUCACAAUGCCCAAGGUAAAACGACGCUGUAUGACAUGGAAGUAGAUUCAGGCCAAAAGCAUGUUCUUACCGCCUGCCAAGAUCGCAACAUCAGAGUUUACAACGUAACGACGGGAAAGCACUCGAAAACGUUCAAAGGCUCGGUCGGCGAGGAUGGUUCGCUCAUUAAAGUCGUUUUAGAUGCUUCCGGCAUAUACGUCGCAACCUCGUGCACCGACAAAACCCUCUGCGUAUACGAUUAUUAUAGUGGGGAGUGUAUGGCAACAAUGCUUGGCCACUCGGAGCUUGUAACGGGUCUCCGAUUCAGUCCGGAUUGUCGUCAUCUCGUCUCGGCGAGCGGUGACGGCUGCGUUUUCGUUUGGCGAGUCCCGCACGACAUGGUCGUCACAAUGCAAGCAAGACUAGCUCAGCAGGCAAUGCGUGCUGGAAAGAGACCACCGCCUCAAGUAAACGGUACGGGAAUCGGUAUACAGUUGGACAACGACACGUUUGGCUCACCACCUCCAGAGUUUUUGGAUCCGAAUGCCAAUCCAUCGCCUCAAAGUGUCGGUGUUGACUAUCGCUUCAGCGUCGGACAAUUACCGCUCUGGGCGAAAAAACAGAUAAAUACAACAUCGAGCAUAAACGAAAGUUCGUCAGUGAGUUCAGGAGGGAGGUCCUUGAGCGUUGACUUACCAAAGGGACGUUGGGCACAGCGUGUUCAACAGGGCGAUGGAAUUACCGUUAAAUCAGUUUACGACAGCGACGAGAUAAUACCAUUUCCUCCGACGAGGAGCGGCAAUGAAUCGGACGGCGGUGGUGGUGGCGGUGGCUCGAAAGACAGCUCGAUCGACAGUGGAACAGAAACUAAAUGCAGCAGUGAUUAUCGCCGUGAUACUAUUCUCAUCAAAAGGGAAGAAGAAGAAGUUUUUCAGCCUUGUCCAGAUAGUUACAGGGAAUUGGCUGAUGAAACAAAACAGGUCAUUGGUGGUAGCGUGACAAUAACUAGAGGUAGCAAUAUUGCGGAAUUGACGCGUCAAUCAAGGAGUCGACAUCACACCGAUGACAGCAGCCUCGGCAGUUUCAAGUUCGAGGAUCAUGAAAGUACCGAACACGACGGUGACGUUGAGGAUUACUCAGAGGGUGAAAAUGGCACGACCGGUUCAGAAAAAUCGCACCAUCGCCUCAUGUAUUAUCCACCUCCUGAAGAUACUGUCUCGAAUCAAUUCAAAGUCAAUGCAAUGGAUGUAGAAGAACUUCGGAGAUCCCAGAGGCGAAGCAAGAAACCUAGAGCGGAAAAUGGCCGAACGAGCGAGAUGACAGCAUCCGGAAGUCAAGACGAUUCGGAUUCGGAAGGCGGUGCAUCGACACCGAGCGCCGAGAGGAACCCUCUGUCAAUGCUGUCAGAGGCGAGCUCCGAGGGUUUCGAUCAGCUCGCUAGUCAAAGGGAAAAGUAUCUGAAAAACGCUUUCGAAUCUCUCAGCGGUGCUGACGAGCCAACAAAUCGCAAAAAUACGAGCAUCAGCUCUCAAUUCCAUGGCAGACUCAGCGGUGGAAACGGUGGCGGUGGCGAAAACCAGAAUAAUAAAAAUCGUAACACUGCCGUUGUAAAUGCAACAAAACACUCGAGAGUUGACACGGAUGUAACGAAAAAACGUGAAGAACUUCAAAGGCGAAUCGAAGAAACGAGGAGGAAGUUGCAGAGUGUCGGCUACAGAUCAUCGUUAAAAACGAGCCAGAGUAUAUCGGAUCUCAGCAGUCACAUACCGGACAAGCAUCAUCGUUCAAACCGAAUUGGUACAGGUAACGACAGAACUUCACAACCGUUGAAAUACGCGAUAUCAACUAACUCCCGCAAACCCAUGCCAAACCUGAAGCCCAAUGUAAAACCACGAAAAAACAAUACUAACAAGAGCGUAAUAGGUGUUGGGAAUGCUUUUACGAAACUCGAUUUGUCAAACGAAAAUUCACGUUUGCCGAAGAGUCGAACAAUGUCGUGUAUAACGGAACGUUCGGGGAUGAAACAUCCAUCUCGUCCGUUGACCUUGACCCUCGAGAAAACUGAAAAGUACAAGCUCUCCUUAAACAAAACAAAUCAUUCGUUGCCCGAAUCGCCAGUGUGCGAAGAACUGAAAUUGCUCAAGGAGCAGUGCCGUAAAAAUGCAAAUCGCUUCGCAAGAUUCGCUCAAAAACGACGAUCCUGCAGUUACUUCAUUGGCCUCGACGACAACGAAGAGGACAUUGAAACUAUCGCGAAAUCCUUCGAAAGUUUGCCCGCGAUGAAUGAGCGUAAUGUCGAAAUAUCUGCUGACUUAUCGGAUGACGCCAACGAGGCAAAUGGCAAUUUCAGUGAUGAUUCGUUGGAGGGUGAUUUCAAAAAUCCACCCCGAAGAUGCGUCAGUGAGUAUCACAUUAACAUUCAUACGGAUCUCAAUACACCCGUCGACAAUACGAAUUAUAUAAAUUACGAUGGCCUCGAGAGAAACAAGCCAUUGACACAUUCUCAAGAGAGUAUUUUGUCCGAUGCUUCGGUAGAAUCAUUUUGUAGAGGUAAUCCUACUGAAAUGAUCGAUUGCACGAGUUACGAAAAUGAUCGGCAUUCAAGCGCCAGUUUUUUCUUGUCAAGGCGAAAGAUUCAAGCUGGACGUAGUCAAGAGAGCAUCCUAACCGACGAGUCCGAUUAUCAAAUGUUUCCACUUCAAGAAAACGCCGAUCACCGUAGUACAGAGAGUGUACUCACCGAUGACUCGGACUCCAUGGUGAAGUCAGCGCCACUCGAGAUGCUCUUCGAUUCUCACUACAAACGCAAACGACAAAAUUCCGAGACGUACAGCGGUAACCCAAACAACGUUGACCCCAACGAUAUUUCUGAUAAUCCGGAUAUAACGGAUGCUCCUUCGCUCAACCGUGCAGUCUUCAGGUCAAAAUCACUACAGGACACGAGACUUAGCGAGGCGAGAAUUAGCUACACCGAGGAAAAUUUUCGUCCAAAUCGUACGUGCAUUUAUUACGAGUUCAACGUCGACGACCCGAGCAAUGGUACGAAUCAACGCGUAGGACAAAAAUCCGACGUUAUGUCACGGAGCAGCAGUAUGAAAGCAUCCUCGAAGGAGCCUCAGUCAAUGCUGAUACUCAACGAUUUCGUCGCUCACAAACCGCCGAAACCGAAGCGAAAUUUUUCACGAACUCAGAGCAUGAGAAACCGUGCCAGACCAGCUUGGAACAAAUACAACGUUGACUCAUCGGCACAGAAAACUAUUUGCUUGAAAAAUCUUCCGUGCUCGGACAAUAAUACGUUAGGAUCCUCUGGUGUUGGUCACACGGAGUACAAGAACGAGGAAAAAUCGCCAAAUGAUCUCGAAUUAAAGGAUGAGUCGAAAGACUCGAAAAUUCUCGACUCUUACUCCGUUAAAAAUUACGAUGAACAGAUAACGCGAAAACCGUUUUACGGAAUACCAAUGCGAGCAACCCAACACGUACAAAAUGAUUCGAUAUUCACUACUGAAACUUCUUAUCACAGCCAAGAAACGUUUGCUUCAAACAAACAAGACGUUUCCUGUGAACGUAACAUCGCAUGUUUCGAUAAUGAAAUACCAACGAAGGACACCUUCGAGACUUACGAUUCACUCGAGCCAAAUGGUGUUCCUUCUAGCGAGUCAUCCUGUCACGAAACGCAAAUAGAAAUUUCGGAUAAAGCGAUGCAAUCAACGAGAAGAAUCGAUGAUACUGAGAGCAGCAACGUCGACAUUCGAAUAACCCGAGCUAUCGAGGGCACCGUCAAACUAUUGUCCAAAGAAUUUGAAAAUCUCGUACGACGCGAACAAUAUUUUAUGAAAGAAAAACAUUUGCGAAUGACUGCCUGUCGAGAGAACAACGAAAACUUUGCGAAACUCGAGGCUGAACGUGAUACUCGUUGUUCUAUCUCGAGACGAGAAUUACGUGGCAAUUCGGGCGGUGAAGAUAGUGAUUACAAUGAUUUCCCCGCUAUCGAAAGAUCCCUCAUGGAAAGUGGCUCCUCCACACCGGCCUCGAGUUGCGCCAAUUCACCUAAAAGAAUGUGGCCACCGGCAUCACGUUGCCAGAUGAAGUGGACCAAGACACUGCCGACUAUCAGUCAAGAUAUACUACCUUCGAAGCAUCACUUCGCAGUUUCAGGAAAAAUAAGCAAUAGAAAUGUAAAUGCAUCGUCCAGGAGUGGUCCUGGAAAUGGUAAUUCGGGUGCCCAAUCAAGACACGUUUCAACUAAGAAUCAUUCGUCUCAUAUGACGCGAAGUAGCAGUGUAGGAGUGCUGAAUCAGCAAAGCGAUUCUGAAUCCGAUGCGGGCGUUGCUGUUGGUGGAAGAAGUUGGAACAAUCAGUCAUCGAACAACCGUAUAAGCGGCUUGAUGAGGCCAACUAUAAGUUCGCAAAAUAAAAUAAAUCACCAAAUAAAGCCAAACUCAUCGUCGAGCAAUAAUCUUCCUCUGGUGUUGAGGAGGCGAGGCAUGCAAGGAGCUUAUUCAAGUGUGAAUCUAAGUCAAGUAGGAAAUCAGGAAGAUUCUAGCUCAGAGGACACGUCCUCCAAUGGAAAUGGUGGAAAGCCGGCACUUCCACCCAGGCCAAGAAGUAUCAGUAUUGAUCACUCUGGGGCAAGUUUGAGCAUACCGGGUGCAACCAUAAGGAGAUCAGGAUCAAGUACAGUCAUAACAAAUGGUCGAACGAGUGGAGUAGUCGGACAAGGCACUGCUAGACUAUCGGUAGCGAAUCGAAAUCAACUUGAGCCGAGUCCUCAAGAGCUCCCCGUAAAGGACACUGAUCGUGCAAUCGACGUUGCCAGUGCCGAAUUAGACACGGAUAACAGAUUAGUAUCUACACAAUUGUGUAACACGAUUGCCGACGAGCUGACACGUACUGCAGACAACGUUGUACAGCUUUACAAAAGAUUAACAAUAGACAGCAGUGGAGACUCAUCAGGCGAGGCACUGGACAGGGACACAAUGUUACGUGGAUUAGAAUCGUCGGUAAAUGAAGCAAUGCGCACGUUACGUCUCGUGGUAGCUGCCGGUACGAGUCAGACUGACGGCAACGAGGUCGGAGCUGACGGUGUGAGUGCGAAUGAGGCAACGGUGAAAUUCCAAGAAUUGCUUGCUGGUCAGGAUCAAGGAAAGGUGGUCAAUAUGAUGCAGCAAUACUCAGAGCUAUUGCUUAGCAUGAUGCAACAGAGAAUGACCGGAAAUCAAACUAAUCACACCUAAAUAUCCGUCCAGUCGUCGAGUAUUGCACGUAAAAUUGAAUAGAUAAAAAAAAAGAAAAAAAAAUUGACGUUGAAAAUGAAAGAUGAACGAAGAGAAUAUAAACAACGUACCUCAUGAAAAUAUUUUCAUUGCCACGAGACUGUCUGCGGUGUAUGAUCGAGGAAAAAAGACAACCUACGCUCUCCGUCCUCACAUCUCGUCCUUGCCAAAAUAUUGAAAUGUUUUGGAUUUGUGCAUGAAACUUUGAGGAUUCAGAUGGAGAUGAGUGAUUUCCUUUUUUCCAUUCGAUCGAUGGAGCAGCUAUUUUUUGAGCCAUAGGAAGCGAAGAGAUUGAGGAUGGAAUUUUUUGAGGACGGUUCUAGAGUAGUCACUCCCUAACGUUGUACAAGUCAUUACUUCAAUAACGCACCAAGUUUUGUCAUAGUGAAAAAUCAGAACUUAUUGAUAUGCCGCUGAGAGCUAACUCCUCUACAGUUAUUUCAUUAUCGAAUCGGAUCGUACAUCGUAAUAUUGCGAAUUGCAACUCAAAGAUUGAUAAGAAAAUUUGUGUGGCCAUGAGGCAAUCUUCAAUUGGGAACUUCGCACCGCCGUUGCCAAGAUUCUCUCAAGGUGUUUUUCGAAUUCAGAAAAAGGAAUAAAAAGCUUUCACAAAAUUGGUCACACAUCAGCAAACAUCCAUGUGAAAAAUAAAAAAUCUAAUUUUUCUCCUUGAUAACGUAAGCGUGACAUUUCGAUAUUAAUCGAUAUCUUCGGAUUGUAAUAUUUAUUGAAAAACAUUUAAGUCGGAACUUGAAUAAUCCUACUACAUAAACAUUAGGCCAUACGCCGUGAAAUGCCAAUUACUAAAGACUAGUAGGCUAGAUUGUGAAUUUAUUCUGAUGCGUAAAUGUCUAAAAAUAAUGUGUGGUAUUUCCGAGCGGUAUUUGGAUAUUGAGUGUGUGUCUCGUUCAAAUAUAUGUACAUGUACACAUUAAUUUAACCAAAGGCUUCACGAAACCUAUGGUCUAAAUAACUGAGAGGUAACUAAAAAAAAAAAAAAAAAAAAAAAAUAGUUUCCUCGCUAUUUUGGACAAAGAUGACGAUAAUAUUCGUCCGCUGAUUACGCGGCAUGAAAAAAAACUUGCCAAUUGCGCGAAUGAAUUGAAAAUGAGAGAAAAUAGAUAAAGUAUAUUGCAUCUAGUUGUUAAUCAGUCGUUUUAAAAAAUAAAGUAUCAAUCAAUACUGGGCUUCUUAGAGUUGCUUAAAAAGAAAAUUGAACAAAAGAAAUGAGUAAAACAAAUGAACGAAGCGAAUUAAAAUCAUCACACUUCUUCUCCUCUCUCAACGUACAUAUGGGGCUCCGGAAGUGUUUACUGAUCGUUUGCACUAUUGAAAAUGAUACUGUAUGCGAAUCAAAACAAAAGGAAAAAAAAACAAAAAUCAGUAUCUGCACCAGCCUAAAAAAGGAAGUAUUAGCUUGCAAUAGCGACUACUAUGUAUUUUGUCAUAGGAAUUGACGUGUACUGACAUAUUUUUCCACGUAAGCCCGUAAUUAUAGAUUUAAAAAAAUAAUGGAAAAAAAAAGAACGAUAAAAAACAUAAAAUACGACCUUGCAUAUAUUUCGCGUCGUUUAGCGGUUUCUGUACUUUUCAUUUUUCAAAUUACCAUUCUGCUCAAUUAACCAGUAACCGGUCCGUCUUUUUUACAUUUGUUUUUUCCUUUCCUUUCAAUCAUCUUAGAAAUGAUCGAAAUCGAAUGUAUAAGAAGCAUCGAAGUAGUUUAAAUGUGUAUCACUAACGCCCGUGGAAUCAAUGAAACAAUUCAACCCGUUUUUUAAUCUUAUAAUGUACAAUACUUGUUGCUUUAUAUCUCCCAGAAUAUUGAGUAACUUAUUACUUGUGCCAUUUAGUGUAAAAAAGGAAUGAGCCGUGACGCCUGUCAAUUCUGUGACUCCAUCGGGUCCCAUAUAAUAUUUUCGAUCUUGUUAUUAUGGGAUUAUUUCAAAGUUCUGUAAAAAUUACGAAUUUCGUUAUGACUUCAAACGUUUUCGAUUUUCUACUGUUACUUUUGUUCGGUAUGAAUGCCUUUUGAAAAACCUUUGAAAAACAAUCGUUCAAUAUUUUUCAUUUGAUUGGAAAAGAACGUUCUUCACGCAUGAUAAUUGAAUCGCGUCGAAAAAACGCAAACACUUAUUUUUAUCUAGCAAAUGAAAAGUUGGAACUUCCUCCAUCAGAAAGUUCAUAUUUUACACUAUGAUUGUUCUUCGAUGAUAACCCCCGUAUACGAUGAUGCAGAGCUCAUCAAUUGUCAAACAAAUUAUAUCGACAUUACGUAGUGUCAAAUCAUUGUGUGAAUGUACGUGGGCAGUUUUUUCAAUUUAAGUUUAAUCUUAACAAUGUACCCGUAGAUAAUUAUUGAUAUCGUGUCGAGGACCGUUGUAGAAAAAUCGUAAAAUAUCGAAUCUCAUUAGGUCUACGUAGAAAUAUUUAACCGCUUUUCUUGUUUCUGGCAAAUAUCCCUCAUUCAUUCCAAAUCAUUGAUACCUCGGUUCUUGUUUGUGCGUCGAUCAAGAAAUCAUUUUGUUGCGUUUGCUUGCUUGAUACGUUCAUUACUGUUUUUUUUUGUAUAUUGUUAUUCACGUUAUUUCAAACAUAGAUUGAAAUCAUCUUUAUGCUAAUAUGGUUUUAUUCUAUUCUGUAUAUACUAUACAUAUUAAGUUGCGAUUGAAUAAUAGAAUGUGACCCCAGUUGUGUAGAUUUGCCACAUGUAACGUUUUCUUCGUAAAAAAAGCAAAAAUAAUAAUAAUAAAAACAACAAUACCAUCUA